UAUCACACUUUUCUCCUCUUCCCAAGCAACCGUCUCCCCCACUCUCCGCAUUCUCUCCAUCAAAAAACAAUCCAGCUAUCCUGCGCACCCCUUUACCCGUUGCACGUUAACAUCUCGCAGCCAUGGCCGCUUCCUCUCGACCGCCGCCACCAAGGCUACUCGACCUCGAUCUCACGAUCGUCUCAGCCAAGCAUCUGAAAAACGUCAACUGGCGAAACGGCGAUCUCAAGCCCUACGCAGUCUUCUGGGUCAAUCCGGACCGACGUCUCUCGACCCGCUCAGACGAUUCCGGUUCAACUCGACCGGUCUGGAACGAGCGUUUUACCCUUCCCCUCGCUGUCCCUCUGUACGACGCCGUUCUUACCCUCGAGAUCUUCCACUCCAAGCCUUCGGAAACUCCGAAGCCUCUUGUCGGAACCCUCCGGGUUGAACUCAAAGAAUUACCCGACCCGGAAGAUGGUUCUAAGAUCCGGACCUUUUCUGUCCUCCGACCAUCUGGUCGUCCCCAAGGCAAGAUUCGGGUGAAACUCGGCAUCCGCGAACGUCCACUUGCUCCACCUCACGAUUACCAUUUUGCCCCUCCUAGCUAUUAUUACACAAAUACCCCUCCUCCACCAAGGUACUCGCCCUACGUUUCUCUUCCCCCGCCGCCUCCUCCACAGGCAGCCUCUCCUCCUCCUCCCCCGCCGCCACCUCAACCGUCAGCCUCUCCUCCUCCUCCACCGUCGUACUCCUCCAUCCCGGACGCUUACUCUCCCUAUUUCUCCAGCCACUACUAUUCCUCUCCGCCACCGCCCAUGCCUCCACGCCCCUUCUUCGAACGGUCUUACGGCUACGGCACCCCAUCGGCUCCAGUAGAUUACUCUCCGUACGAUUGGAAGCCUAGAGGAGGCUCCAAAAUAGGUCUCGGGACCGGAUUGGCUGUUGGAGCAGUCGCGGGGGCUUUAGGUGGACUGGCAUUGGAAGAAGGAUUGAAAUACGAAGAAGACAAGAUUGGUGAAAGAGUGGAGCAAGACGUGGCGUCAAAGGAGAGGGAUGAUUACAGUGAUUAUCAUCGUCCGGAUUAUUGAUCGGUUUUUAUAUGAUAUGAUGAUGCUCAUGGCGUAUAAUUAUAAAUACUUAUGUAAAUAAUUGUGAUCUGAUGGGUUUGGGUUUUUAAUGGUUGGGAUAAAAAUCAGCAGAGAAAAAGAGUGAGCGGAGAAUAACUCUUUAAUGCUUUUUAUGUGCUAAUUUCUUCUGCUUCGAGAAUAAAUUGUUAGUGUUUAAUUAUAAGUUUUAACUUUUGUUGUUCCGUUUAUGUUGAA